UAUUCAUUCCAUUUCCUAUUUAACAAACAGUGAGUCGAGUACUCCUCGAGUCACACACUACUCACCAACUCAGUUGAGUAUUGGGGUGGUCCGUUUUGGGUCUCUAAUUUUCCAUGAACCCCAAAGCCAAGCCCUCUUCUUAAUGCUAUCUUUCUUUGACUACUCGGUUUUGAGCUCCCCUGCCGCACAGCCAUGGAGUCCUCUUCCUUUGUUCCCACUCGGUUCGACAUCUUCGAGAUUUACGGACAAUAUUGUGCAAUCAUGUCAAGGCCAUAUGAUUCUGGGAGCGAAGGAUGCUUAUCGAAUGAAGAAUAUCAGAAUGGUAGAUACUCAAGAAAUGCGUUGACUCAACUCUCAAAGUUAGUGGAUUCAAGAUCACAAACAAGGUUCUCUGUUUUUGAAGAAAUAUACAAACUUAUGAUGAGGUUAGACUUGCUGGCAGACUUUUCUGAGUUCUCACGGUUUUAUGAUUUUGUUUUCUUCAUUUGCCGAGAAAAUGGUCAGAAGAAUAUCACUGUAAGCAGGGCUGUUAUGGCCUGGAGAUUAGUUUUAGCUGGUAGAUUUCAACUGCUCAAUCAGUGGUGCAACUUUGUUGAGAAAAAUCAGCGGCAUAAUAUUUCUGCGGACACAUGGAGGCAAGUUUUGGCCUUCAGUCGCUGUGUACAAGACAAUCUUGAAGGGUAUGAUCCUGAAGGAGCUUGGCCUGUAUUAAUUGAUGAUUUUGUUGAGCACAUGUAUAGGAUUGGGUGUAAUGAUACUAGUUAUUCGUUGUGCAGUUGCGGUGAUUCGGAUGAGCGACCAUUUGAUGAUUCUCUUCCUGGUUCGAAGAGCUUACUAGGACUGAAGAGGAAGUUGGGUGAUAACUUGCAGAAAGAGCAUGAAUCUUUAAAUGGAUAUGUUCACGCCAACGGAGCAAGACUUCCAAAGAGAAGGCAACUUAUUUCUGCUGACAUACUUUUCAACUGUGAUGAGAAUUGUGGGAGCGCUGCGGAUGAUUGCAUGGAAACAGCUAAACAAAACAGUGCAUUGGGUUGCACGAAGUCUCCUUGUUCUAUUGAAGGCUGUUUGUCCAAGGGUUUUGCAGGACUCUUCUCUGGUCGUCCUUAUUUGCAAUGUAAUCGGCACAGGGGAGUCUCCUAGAUAUCUGGACACAGUCGAGAUGGUUUGUUGUUGUGUGUCUUAUGUGUUAUUGGUGUUGACAAGUUACAGGGGCCGCAAUUGUUCUGUCACGAGUGUGGCCAUUUUUUAUUUUAAAAUACGAAUUAAAAUAAAAUGUAAUUUCGGAAUAUAGGUUAUUCUAUUAUGAAAUCAAUAAGGCCACCGCCCGUUUGCGUUUCUGCCUUAUUGGGUUAAAA